AUGGAUAAUAAUAAUAAUAAAAAGCUUUUCAAUACACAUGGUAGUGCAUUCGAUGAUAGUAAAAUAUAUUUUAGAGAUGUAGAUUGUGGUGUACUCUGUUUUAAUAUUCAUAAUGAACAAUCAUUUAAUAAUCUUAAUCAUUGGAUGUCAUUAUUUAAUGAAAAUGUUCCAUUUGUUUUAAUAGGUACAAAAAGUGAUAUUGAAAGAACUGAAAAAUCAAUUUCAAAAGAAAGAAUCGAACAAUGGUGUAAACAAAUUGAAGAUCAAGGUAUUGUAAAAGAAAAAAUUCAUUAUUUUGAAACUUCUGCAAAAUUAUCAACAAACAUUAUUGAAGCUUAUGAAACUAUAGUAAAAAUAGCAUUAAAUCAAUAUAAAAAUAAACAGAAAAAUUCAAUAAAUAUUUCAAUUGAACCUGAAAAACCAAAAGGAAUUUGUUGGUGGUAG